UAACAUGGGUCUGCUCUUUGGAGGCAAGCCGGAGGAGGUGCCGUUCCGCCGCAAAAUCCUGCGCUCGCUUGUCUACGCGGCGAUGAAGGCCAUGACAUUCGCAAUUCUCGCGCCGGUGUUCAAAGGCGAUACAUGCUCCGCCCUGCCGUCGGCCCGCGCCUACUUGAUCGUGUUCGCCGUUAUCCAGCUCGCAACCGUGCCGCUCCUGCUUUACACGAACUCGAUGCGAAUCAACAAGGGCUUCAAUCCGCACAUGAAUUGCGACGUACGCGCGGACGAGGGCGGCGAGGUUUUUAAUGGGCACAAGACCGUCUCGAACAUCGAUAAACUGCUCGGACUGGCGACGCUCCUCGUUGGCGUCGUGUGGGGCUUGACGCUGUGGUCAAUUCAGACUUCGCGCGGUGGGUCCAACUCGAACUGCGACAAGGGGAUUUAUUCGGCGAUCGGCGUCAGCGCCUGGAUAUGCGUCGCGAUCUUCGUAGCUAUCCUCGUCUACAUCAUACUCAUCGUCCUCAAGGUCGUGCCGAUGCCAAAUAAGGGCAAGGCCGAUCUGGAGGCGCCGCUCGACGCGGAGGCGUCGGCGGAGUAGUUGCCGUUGAGCAGUCAAGGGCGCGUUUAGUAAUAGUCUCAUUCGAUCGAUACCUUCAGGCUCGGCUGCGUGUAGGCUAGUGUGUGUGUUCCCGCUAGCUAGCUGUG